AUGGCUCAGCAGCAAGGCGAGUGGGAGCAUCUGGAGCAUGAGCUUAGAACGAGACCCCUUGGGUUGUUAGAAAAUGGCAAACAAGCCGCAAACAAGCUGGACUUGGAGGAAAUCGCCAGCUUCGAUAAGGCCAAGCUGAAGAAAACUGAGACGCAGGAGAACACCCUGCUGACCAAAGAGACCAUUGAACAGAAAAAGAGGAGUGAAAUUUCCUAAAAGGCUAGACUGGAGGAUUUUUCCACCCCACCCCAUCCUGUCACCUCUGAGACACUCUCUUGAUGUGGAGGAAGAACCACUUGCAAGAUGGACAUGAGUCACAAGCCCUCGGGUCUCUGAAGGGGGAUUCCCCCCCCCCAAUAAUUGGACUGCCAAAUUCCACUGGUUUGCCCUGGGAUAUUAUAGAAAAUUAUUUGUAUGAUUGAUGAAAAUAAAACAUACCUCGUGGCA